GCGCAGCAACGGAAAGAGUUAACCGCCGAGCACACUCACGCACCCCCCUCGCCUAAUGAAUAUGCUUAGUAGGCGCAGCACGGCAGCCAAUGGGAGGCCCCGCCGCCGCGUCACGUGGCCCAUGACGUCUGCAUACUAGAAUCUCCAGAACCCCUCCUGCUCGCUUUAAAAGCUGCGAGUGCGAAAGGAAGCGCUCAGUAGAGGGAGACAGAGCCUGCGAGAGGGGAAGUAGUGCUGAACUCAUUCAAACUUCUGUCACAUCCAACCGGGGGGAAGGGGGCAUAAACAAGCCAGUGCUGCACCCACAAACACCACAGCAGCCAUAGGCGGCCACACAGGGAGUGGUGGUGGUGGGGUAGGUGACCACCUCAGUAUAAGAGCCCACCAUUACCAUUAACCCCUUCUGAGGAGGAGCCCGGGGGCCACAGACUGUCACCACACAAAGAGGAGGACAUGGGGCGGCUGUGGAGGAGCCACAGUGCGUAGUGUCAGGGAGGCUCCCCUCCUCCUGCCGCCGCUUCUCUCUGCCGUGUGCCCGUGUAGCAGCAGCACUAUGCCCAUUUUACUUUUCCUGCUAGAUACGUCCGCUUCCAUGAACCAGCGCACCUACCUGGGCACCACAUACCUGGACAUAGCAAAAGGCGCUGUAGAGACUUUCAUGAAGCUCAGAUCUCGGGAUCCUGCCAGCAGAGGAGACAGGUACAUGCUGGUCACUCUGGAGGAGCCUCCUUAUGGGAUCAAGGCUGGAUGGAAGGAAAAUCACGCUACUUUUAUGAAUGAGUUAAAAAAUCUUCAAGCAGUUGGACUCACCAGUCUUGGUCAAGCCCUAAGGACGUCAUUUGAUUUGUUAAAUUUAAAUAGAUUAGUAACUGGCAUAGACAACUAUGGACAGGGAAGGAAUCCAUUUUUCUUGGAGCCUGCCAUCAUCAUAGCAAUAACCGAUGGAAGUAAAUUAACUACAACAGGUGGUGUGCAGGACGAACUCCACUUGCCUUUGAAUUCUCCAUUGCCUGGAAGUGAAUUAACAAAGGAGCCUUUUCGUUGGGAUCAGAGACUUUUUGCUUUAGUUCUGAGGCUUCCUGGUGCCACACCUGUUGAACAGGACCAGUUGAAUACUGUUCAGGUUGAUGAGUCUCCCAUCACUCCUAUGUGUGAUGUCACAGGCGGUCGCUCAUAUUGUGUUUUCUCGCAGCGGACGUUAAACCAGUGCCUGGAGUCAUUGGUGCAAAAAGUUCAAAGUGGGGUUGUCAUCAAUUUUGAAAAAUCUGGUCCUGAUCCCCCACAGUCUGAAGAUGGAAUUACAGAAGCUAACAAACCAGCUGGACCUCAGCCAUGGCACAACUGUCGGAAAUUAAUUUAUGUUAGACCAAAUCCUAAAACGGGAGUACCACUGGGCCACUGGCCGAUACCCGAAUCUUUUUGGCCAGACCAGAAUUCUCCGACCUUACCCCCUCGAGCUGCUAAUCCCAUAGUGAAGUUUUCUUGCACCAACUCUGAGCCAAUGGUUAUUGACAAGCUGCCAUUUGACAAGUAUGAAUUGGAGCCAUCACCACUGACACAGUAUAUUCUGGAGAGAAAAUCCCCACAUACUUGCUGGCCUGUGUUUGUGGUGAACAGUGCUAAGUACAGUGAACUCGGCCAUCCUUUUGGUUACUUGAAAGCCAGCACUGCUCUAAAUUGUGUAAAUCUCUUUGUGAUGCCUUAUAACUACCCUUUACUCCUCCCUUUAUUAGAUGACUUGUUCAAGAUUCACAAGGCUAAACCUUCUUUGAAAUGGAGGCAACUUUUUGAGAACUAUGUGAAAACAAUGCCACCUUACUACAUUGGACCUCUAAAGAAAGCAUUAAGAAUGAUGGGUGCCCCAAACCUCAUACCAGAAAACCUGGAGUAUGGACUGAGUUAUAGUGUUGUGACCUACCUCAAAAAGCUUAGCCAACAGGCAAAAAUGGAAUCCGAUAGAGUGAUAGGUUCCAUUGGGAAGAAAUGUCCGCAGGAGACUGGUAUUAAAGUCAGAAAUGGCACAAGUAUACCGUCAUUGGCUGUCAGAAAGGAUUUUAAGCAGUUAUUACAGGAAAUCACAGGAGAAAUGCCACAGAGAAUGCUUGAACUGAAUGUGAAAGAGUUUGCUGGCUUCCAGAUAGCCCUGCUGAAUAAGGACCUAAAACCACAGACGUUCAGAAAUGCCUAUGACAUUUCAAGAACGAAUCUCUUGGAUCACCUUACCCGAAUGAGGGCAAAUCUCCUUAAAUCAUCACGUAAGGUCUUCAGUGGUCAAGAUGAAGACCAGAUACAUAGUAUACCUAUAGUCCAGAUGGGGAACUACCAAGAAUAUCUGAGGAAUAUCCCUUCACCACUAAGAGAGCUGGAUGCUGAUACACCUAGGAGACUGCAUACAUUUGGAAAUCCCUUUAAAUUGGAUAAAAAGGGGAUGAUGAUUGAUGAAGCUGAUGAGUUUGUGUCAGGACAUCAGAACAAGCACAAGCGACCAGGGGAACCUAAUAUGUUGGGCAUCCCAAAAAGGAGGCGUUGUAUGUCUCCAUUGUUACGUAACAGACCUCAAUCUCCAGUUGUGAACAACCACAUAGGAGGAAAAGGUCCAUCAUCUCCUUCAAACCAGGCUUCACCAGAAAUGCAUAAACCAGGGGCAAUAAAUAAAGAACCUGGCAUCCAUAAUAAUAUAUUGCCAAAUGAAAAUGCAGAGAAUCAUAUUGAAGACCAACUUUCCACAGAUGUGUUCAUGGAUAAUUCAGACCAGUUUGAGACCUUGUCUCAAGUUUCUUUAAACUCUCUGGAAAGUGCAGAAGAUUCCUCAGAAGACGGAGACCCCGACUGCUUUGGUUCUAAUAACUCUGAUGUGUUUGUUGGAAAUUCAAAAACCUCUGAAGAUGCAGGAAAUUGCUUUGAAAAUGACACUGCUGUGUUUUCACACAAGAUGAGGAGGUUGCGGCCUUGUCGUAGCUAUGAGGAGGUCAAUGUUGAUCUAAAAAUCAGAAUCAUGAAGGAGAUCAGGAAGCCUGGAAGAAAGUAUGAGACUAUUUUUGCAUUGUUAAAAGAUGUACAAGGAAGUCUUCAAGUACGGCUCCACUUCUUACAGAAUGUUAUCAAGGAGGCGGCAAGGUUUAAAAAGCGAAUGCUAAUUGAACAGCUAGAAGGGUUUUUAGAAGAAAUUCACAAGAGAGCGAAUAACGUCAACCACUUCAAUAGCUGUUAAAUGGUCUCAUGGGACCCCUUCUGCUUUGGGUGUAAAGUACGUACUUGGACAACAGUUGUGGCCAAAAAGUCUGAAGUGUCUGAACACUGAAUUUGAUACACUUUAAUAUGCUUCCAUUUUUAUGUACAUGGAUAGUAUCAUCAUGAUGCCUUUAAUGGAGUAAUGGGACUUUUUAAAGAAGAUUUCGAUGAUCACUGACUAGCUAUGCUGAAUUCUCUCAGGUUUCAUAACAUACACUCUCCACCUCACGUGUAAGUGUAUCACUGGCUGCAGUUGAGGUAUUUGCCAAAAUCUUAACAGGCUUAUUUGGAGGUUGUUAAAAAACAAACAUUUUUUUUAGCAUUGUAAAUCUGUACUGUGUGCAUAUGAUGUGCACACUUUCCACAAAGACUUUUUAAAUGCAGUUUAUCAUUGAUACAUAGCUAGAGAGAAGCACAUGUUGAACAAGAUAAUAUUUUGUACAUAAUAUUUUGAAUAUAUUAUUGUAAGCUGUACAGGUGUAUUUUGAAGACUAUUUAAAAAGAGGCACUUUUGUUAUCCCAUUAAUAAAAAAAAGCUC